ACAUAAAUCAACACAAGCAAACUAGCAAACCUUCAUUUCUUUCAUCAAGCAUCGUCUCAUCCUUUCCCUCUCGACAUCCAUUUUAAGAAUACCAACUUAGAAACAUGGGUAUCCGCAUGCCUCGUAUUCCUCAUGUCAAGAAAAUUUUGCAGGGGUCUUCUUUUGCAACUACAGCAGUUUCAGACGUCCCAAAGGGCUGCUUGGCAGUUUAUGUUGGGGAGAGCCAAAGAAAAAGAUUUGUUGUUCCAAUUUCGUACUUGGCUGAGCCUGCCUUCCAGGACUUGCUAUGUCAAGCUGAGGAAGAAUUUGGUUUUGAUCAUCCAGAGGGGGGUCUUACAAUUCCCUGCAGAGAAGAUGUGUUUACAGAUCUCGCCUCAAGCUUGAGAAGAAAAUCAUAGAGAAGAACCUGAUCAAAAUAAGUAGUUUAGAAAUUUUUUGUAAGCUAGUAGGAGAUAAGUUAGAAAAGGUAGGACCAUAGGCAUUUAGGCAAAAACUUUCUUCCAGUGUCUCAAGGAAUCAUUUUCAAUGAGGAAGAUCAUUACUCAAAAUUUUGUAAAUUAUUAAACUAUAUACAUCCCAAUUAUAUUUUUAUGA